UUCCUCGCCAUGCAUCUUGUCCAGACCCCCUUUGGCUUGGCUUGGCUUCUGGGCACCCUGUCUGCCUUUGCCCAAGACACCUUGCCCCAGGCGCUGUUAAAAGGAGAUGGCCUUGGUGUGGGCAGAAAAGGCAGUGAGUGUGACUUGUGGUGCCAGCUGGCUCCUCUGCUCCUCCGGCAAAGUGCAGCCAGGCAAGAAGUUGCCUGGAGUGCGAGUCCUUUGGGAAGUGUGGCUCGGACUUCCUUGCAGGAAGAGCAUGUAGUCGGAUCCAAGGCUACAACUAGAGUUCUGGAGGAUUGGGCUCCAGUAGAAGGUUAUGACCACGCCAGGGACCGGACUAGAGUUCAAAUGGCCCAUCCUGGAGAAGCCACGCAUCAGUCCAGUGGCAUUUCGGAAAGAAGAGGUGAGAGCCAUUUGAAUGAAUUCCCUUCUGUAGCUUUGGGAACUGGGAAGUACUCUGAUCUCCUGAAGACUGAAGUGCAGGAGAAGGGAAGCAAGAGGUGCACCAGGAGGAUUAGCCCCAAGAGGCAUCCAAGAAGCAAGCGGGGGGCUGAUGAGCUCCAGGAGAAAGGAAGAGCGGGAAAAAUCAAGGCUUUCAAGAAUAGCCACCUUGUCAGAAAUUUCAAUGACUCAACAGACAGCCAAAUAACUCCUGCUCAGGUGGUAGAAAAGGAUAUCCCCCAGGCAUUGCCCUUGAACAGCUCCACCAUUCGUGCGGGAGAAAGGGAUGCUGGCGCCCUUAGGAAUGGGACAUUUCGGCCAGCUCGAGUAAAGAACCCUUUUUACCCCCUGACCGAAGAGUCAUAUGGUGCCUAUGCAGUCAUGUGCCUGUCAGUAGUGAUCUUUGGCAUUGGGAUAAUGGGUAAUAUGGCAGUGAUGUGUAUUGUGUGCCACAACUACUACAUGAGGAGCAUCUCCAACUCCCUACUGGCCAACCUGGCCUUUUGGGAUUUCCUCAUCAUUUUUUUCUGCUUGCCGCUGGUGAUCUUUCAAGAGCUCACCAAAAAGUGGUUGUUGGACGAUUUCUCCUGCAAAAUUGUACCAUAUAUUGAGGUAGCGUCUCUUGGAGUAACCACCUUUACAUUAUGUGCCCUCUGCAUAGACCGUUUCCGUGCUGCCACUAAUGUGCAGAUGUAUUACGAGAUGAUUGAAAACUGCACCUCCACCACGGCCAAACUGGCUGUUAUAUGGGUUGGGGCUCUAUUGUUGGCGCUUCCCGAGGUGGUUCUGCGCCAAUUGACUAAAGAAGACUCCGAAAUCAGUGGGAGCCCUCCCACAGAACGCUGCGUGGUCAAAAUCUCCCCUCACUUGCCUGACACCAUCUAUGUGUUAGCACUCACGUAUGAUGGCGCGAGGCUGUGGUGGUAUUUCGGCUGCUACUUUUGCUUGCCUACUCUUUUUACCAUUACAUGCUCGUUGGUGACUGCAAGGAAAAUCCGACAGGUAGAGAAGGCUUGUACAAGAGGAAACAAGCGACAAAUUCAGCUGGAAAGCCAGAUGAACUGUACAGUGGUGGCGUUGACCAUUUUAUAUGGCUUCUGCAUCAUUCCUGAAAACAUCUGCAAUAUUGUCACUGCCUACAUGUCCACAGGGGUGUCUCGGCAGACUAUGGACCUCUUGCACCUCAUUAGUCAGUUUCUGUUGUUCUUUAAAUCCUGUGUGACUCCAGUUCUCCUUUUCUGUCUUUGCAAACCGUUCAGUCGAGCCUUUUUGGAAUGUUGCUGCUGCUGCUGUGAUGAAUGCAUUCAGAAGUCUUCAACAGUAACGAGCGAUGAUAAUGACAAUGAGUAUACUACAGAGCUUGAACUCUCCCCAUUCAGUACUAUACGUCGUGAAAUGUCCACAUUUGCCUCUGUUGGGACUCAUUGUUAGGUUACCCCUUGAUCAGAAUUCAGGCCCAGCUUCCAAUGUCAGCUGGAGAUUUUCUGUUGACUUCAGUGGGAUUCUGGAUUUGCUAUUUGAUCUUAUUUCAACAGUUGUUCUUUUUCAUGUGGAGGAAUGAAAAACAAAUGAAGUCCUGUAAGGCCUAGGGUAAACUCAUUUGCAUAUUAACAUAUGUGCUUAGAGAAAUAAUUUUCAGUCAUUAA